AUGAAUAAGAGGAUUCGUACUCCUGUGAAGAGAAGAUUAGAAAUAAACGAUGAAGCCGGAAUAGGGGUGUCUAGGAAUUUUAAUUCUAUAGUUAUUGAAGCGGGGGGAUAUGAGGCAUUAACAUUUGAUGAACGAGAUGCAAGGAACCAGAUUCAAAAUGCUAGAAGAUUGAGGCUUGGGGUAGGAGACGCCGAAUCAGUUGCAUUUUAUUUUCAUAGGAUGCAACAAGAAAAUUCAAACUUCUAUUCUGCAAUUGACUUUGAUGUAGAUGGUCGCAUACGAAACUUGUUUUGGGCGGACACAAGAAGUAGGGCAGCUUAUAAAGCAUUUGGGGAUGUUGUCUCAUUUGACACCACCCAUCUCACAAACAAGUAUGAUAUGCUGUUUGCUCCGUUUGUAGGAGUUAAUCACCAUGAACAGUCAAUCUUGUUUUGUUGUGGGCUAUUAUCUAAUGAGAACAUGAACACAUUUGUUUGGCUAUUCAAAGAAUGGUUAAAUUGCAUGUCAGCCACUCCUCCAAAAGCUAUUAUAACUGACCAGUGCAGAGCCAUGAAAAAUGCCAUACAAAUUGUCUUCCCACAGGCUCGACAUCGUUGGUGUUUAUGGUAUGUAAUGAAGAAAAUACCUGAGAAAUUGAGAGGAUAUUCCCAAUAUGAAGCCAUCAAAUUCGCUUUACAAAAUGCAGUCUAUGAUUCUUUCAAAAAAGAUGAAUUUGAUGAGGAAUGGCAAAUGAUGAUUGAAAAGUUUAGCCUUCAUGACAACGAGUGGUUGGGGGUAUUAUAUGGUGAGCGACAUAGGUGGAUUCCUGCCUAUGUGAAAGAUAUAUUUUGGGCUGGCUUGUUAACUACACAGCGAAGUGAGAGCAUGAAUGCAUUUUUUGAUGGCUAUGUAAACUCAAAGACUACUUUAAAGCAAUUUGUUGAACAGUACGACAAUGUAUUGAGAAGUAAGGUGGAGAAGGAGACCAAAGCAGACUUCAAAUCUCGAAACAAAUUGUAUGAUUGCUUAACGGUGUAUGAGUUUGAGAAGCAAUUUCGUGCAGCCUACACAAAUGCGAAAUUUAAAGAAGUUCAAGUAGAAUUGAAGCGACUAUUGUAUUGUCAUGCGACUCUUGUGAAGGAGGACAGAUCCAUUUGUACUUAUCAUGUCAAGAAAGCUGUGCUUGUGGGUGACAAAGUGAAGAAAGUUGAAUUUGUUGUAUACUUUAAUUCAACUGAAUUUGAAAUGCAAUGUGUGUAUCGGUGGUUUGAGUUUAGGGGGAUCAUGUGUGCCCAUUCCCUUAGUGUGCUCAUUGAGAGGUGCAUAUAUGAGGUUCCAGAUAAGUACAUUAUGCCAAGAUGGAGAAAAGAUUUGGAAAGAGGGUACGCGUGCAUUCCAACGACAUACUCGAAAUCCGAGGCUGCCCUCAAUGCAAAGGUACAUGAUAACUACCACAAGACAUUGGAUGAAAUUAUAGAAGUUGCUUCCAACGAUGAUAGUAAACACAAAGCCAUUCAACUUGGGUUGAGAGACAUCAAGGAAAGAGUAAGAAAAGAUGAAUCUGGUUAUGCGAGUAAUAUGCCACCUGCUAGUAGUACUGUCCCACCUGCUAGUAGUAAUGUGCCACCUUCUAGUGCUACGUGCAAGGUGCUUAUUCCUUUGGUUGCUCACUGA